GGGUUUUAACAUGUAUAGUCUAUGGGUUUUGGGUUUAAUUUUUUUUCUUUCAGUUGUAUUAUGAUUCCAAUAGUGCAUGUCGUGAGCAAGUCUGUCUAUUAAUGUUAAAAAUAAGCUCUGUAUUUUAAAACUUUUAAUUCAUUUAAUUGCACAAUCUCGAUAAAGUUACAUAUAUUAAAAACCGUAUCAAGAUGGAAACCGAUAUUCCUGCGCAUGUUGAAGAAACAAGCAGCAGUGACACAUUCGUUCACAGGCUGAAAGAACUGUCACAAGAAGAAAUAAAGCUCUUACAAAAUCAAAAUACACGUCUUGUACCCGAAGCCAAAGCGACUAGAUUGGAAAAAGAUGCUAAACGCCAUUGGGAUUUAUUUUACAAAAGAAACGAAACAAAAUUCUUCCGGGACCGGCAUUGGACUACACGUGAGUUUCAAGAACUGAUUAACUUCGAUCCUGAACAGCAAAUAGUUUACUUAGAGCUUGGUUGCGGGGUCGGUAAUAUGAUAUUCCCGCUGGUCGAAGAAGGCUUUACAAACUUCUUCUUUUACGCGUGUGAUUUUUCACCACGUGCAGUAGAAUUUGUCAAACGUAACAGCUUGUACGACAAAAACCGCAUGAAGGCUUUCUGUGCUGACUUAACCACAGAAGAUUUAUUCGAAAACAUCCAGGAGAAUUCAAUAGACAUCGCGAGUUUGAUUUUUGUGCUAUCUGCAAUCCAGCCGGCUGCUUGGGCCCACGUGGCGGCGCUGGCUUACCGUGCUCUAAAACCCGGGGGCGUAUUGCUCUUUAGAGAUUAUGGGAGGUAUGACAUGGCCCAGUUACGCUUUAAACCUGGACAUAAAAUUGCUGACAAUUUCUACAUGAGACAAGACGGAACUAGGAGCUAUUAUUUUACGGAAGAAGAGCUACUCAAACUUUUCACUAAUGCUGGUUUCAUGAUCCUCACGAACACGUACGUGCAGCGCAGGACUGUAAAUUUUAAAGCAGGCAUAGAUGUACCGCGAAUAUUUGUACAAGGAAAAUAUAAAAAAACCUUUAAAUGACUGAAACAACAUGCAAUUCCAUUGAAUGAUUUAUUGAAAUGAUUACUUAUUUGAAUAAACACGGACUAUGAUAAGUUACAACUGAAUCCCUGUGGGCCUGGGACACAAUAAAAUCUCAGUAAAGAAAAGGGACACUUAAAACACUGAGCAAGCAAGCAACACAUUACAUAACCAUGAAGUUUGAAGGCAACUUUACUUCAGAAUAAAAAUAAACUAAGAGCUAACCAUAUUUUACAUAAUAGAUAUUCUUGAAGCUAACAAGUGCCUAAAUUCCUUUUUUAUUGGUGACCAGUUAUCUGUUUCCAGUACUGACUAUCUUAGUUGAUAUAAUGAGGGUAGAUCAUCAUUAUCAAUUUUUUUAUGUUUUCAAAACAAAAGGAUAUCAUUUUACAAGUAAGUUUGAAAUUUUUGUGCAACAUAAUAAAUAAUACAAAACAAUUUAUCGGAAACUUCAAAAUUUCAACAUCAACAUUUACCAAAGAUUCAGUAAAUUAAGUAAUAAUGUUGUAAUAAUAAUAUACAAAACCUAGUAAGCAUAUAGAUUAAUUGCUUAUGAAUGCAAAAUAUACUUUAAAAAGCCUUUGUGUAUUUUGAAAUACAAUAUCCCUUUGAAAUAAAGAAUUCUCUAAUAGCAAUUUUAAAUGAUGAUUUCAGAUAGGGACAUCUGAUGUUAUAAUGCUGUUAACAUAACUAUCUUCACUGAUUAUUAUAACAAAGUCAAAAAUGAUAUUGUGAUAUUUAAAAUUAAUUCAUAAUUGAGAUUUUUUUUCUGUUAUAGCUAAGACACAGUUUAACAAGGGACAAUAACAACAUUGCAGCAUUAAGGUAAGAAUUGAGAAUUAUUCAUACUAGAAAUAUUCUAGUAAUAAUUGAAGACAUGAGUGGAUAAAGGGGAUUUAUGAUACAAUUUGUUAAUUUUGAGAAAACUGGCAACAAACUUGUUACUUGUAAUUUAAUCUUCAUACACAACUCCUUCAUCAUGUGCAAUUUCCUUGUAAUAGCCUUUAAAUGUGCAGCUUUAAGGUCUAAUAUGGUUUAUAGGCACAUUAUUCAAUGUAAAAACUCAAAAAUCUAAUAAAUUGUACUUAACCCCUUCAUCAACUCGUGUCUUGAAAUGAUGACCGACCACUUCAGGUCUCCCUCAACAGAGUGAACCCAAUAUCAAUCAUGUUGACCAAAAUAUUAGCGUCUGAUCAUAAGUUCACAUCUUAUAAAAUUAAACUUCACAAA